CCAACAUCGGUCCUUCCUACUUGAACAUAGUAACAAGAAGCUACUAGUAGCAAGUGCAUCGCUACUAGUAACAAGGGCAUCGCUACUAGUAGCAAGUAUCUCGCAAUUUCGGCCCAAGAGAGAGACGCUUACACGUUGCACCGCUGGUGCAGUGAACCGUGAUCGAUGAGUGACUACUUGUCCACUGGGGGUGUCCGUGCCCCCCGAAAUCUUGGUGGACACCUCACGACGGAGUAGCUCUACACCAGUUCCUAAGGAUGAACUUUUUCUGGAAGGCUACGGCCGACAAUUUGGUGAAAAGAUGACCUACAGCAUUGGCUUGACCUACGGUGCUGGACUUCUCACCGGUGGCUUCUACGGUGGACUACUUGGAAUUAGACAAGGUGGUGCCACACCGAAGCUGUUCCUGAACUCAGUACUGAACUCCUGCAGUCGGUACGGUCCGGCUUUGGCCAAUCAGUCAGCCAUUAUCACCAUGUACUACGUGCUCUUCAAUGGCUUGGUCAGCACUUUUCGAUCAGAUGACACUGCUAAUUCGGCAGUGGCUGGUGCUUGCGCAGGGGCCAUGUACAAAGCUGCUAGCAGAUCUCUUGAGUCAAUAGGGAGAUAUUCAGUUGCUAGCUGUGCAUUCUUCACAGGCAUAGACUACCUGAUGCGCACCGGACGAUUUUGAUGUUGAACCAGCGAUGUGUCUUGGGCGUUUGCCCCAGUACAGUCAACGACAGCGUUGUCAAUGCGUGGCCAAACAAACA